AUGGCCGCCGAAGAUCCACCUGAGCAGGAAUGCGGUGCGCUAUUGUCGAUGGCCUUCUUCUCUUCUGGACCACCGUUCGGACAACACACCCACCAAGGAACCUCACGUAUGAUAACUCGCAGGCUACAAUUUGCUGCAACUAUCAAGACAAGAUUUCUUGACGAUAACUUGCGCAUGGCGGAUUGCUACGUGCGCGCAAUAUCUCAGAUCAAGCAGGCACUGGCGAAGGCCCGGCGCCUCCCUUCGCGACUUUCUCUAACCGGCGACCAGUUUUUAUAA